CGAGAAACCUACCCGCGCCGCACUUCGCUCCAGGGCGCCUGCGCGCCUCCCCCCCCCCGCAAGGAGUCGAGGGGCGUGGCCGGACGGGCCGUUGCAGGGGGCGUGGCGGGCCACAACGCUCGCGGCCUUCGGUCGGAGGGGCGCGAGGAAGAAGAGCGCGAGGUUGCGGCCGCUUUGCGGGGCGAGGCCAGCGCGGGACGCGGCGCGAGGCAGGUCCCCGACUCCCCCCCCCCGGGCCCUCUCCUGCCUUUCUCGCGCUCUCACCGCCUCUUCCUCUCAUGAGCUUCCCCCGCAGUCAUGGAGACGGCACCCUCCGGACCAGACCACCGCCACCAUCUCCCUUGGCUCGUUUCGGGGUCUCUUGACUGAGCUGCUGCCGCCCCUGCCAUGUUGGGAAAAAUGACAUCCCGGGACCGGGUGGCUCAAGCCAAGUCACGGGCAGAGAGGUUGCGCCCUCCAACAGUGCCUGUCCCACAGAUUGAAAUUGUCCCAGGACGCUUGACAGAAGGAGAAUGGCUCUCUCUGCUCUCCUUUGAGGAAGCCGAGGAUAGCGUGGGGGACAUCCUAGCAGGGCUGUUGGAUGAGGUCUUGGAAGAAUGCUACAAGGUUUAUUUGGCACGUCAGUGCAUCCCCUACGUUAUCAACCAGGCACGGGAAGCCAUGCUCCAGAUCAUCGAGUGGCGCUUCCUGGUGCGAGAUGAAGGCGAGUCGGACGUGCCAGCGGACCCCACCUGGCAGGAGGACGAGGAGCCAGUGGCCUGCAUCACAGAUUCUUGGGCUCAGGGUUCUGUGCCUGUGUUACAAGCCAUGCACCCAGAGGAGGGAGAGGUUCCUUUAAGUGCACUCCCAGAGGAAGCCCCCAUUGCCAAAGAAGGCCCUGGGGCCACAGAUGCAACUCAGGAGCCCCUGGGGGCCCUUGGGCAAGAGGUCAAGGAGCUGGCCCAGAAGUCCUUGCAAGAAGUCAAGCCUCAGGCAUCCUACAAGAGGAAGAUGCUGCCGAAGGCCAGAGCUGAGCCCCCUCCAGAGGCUGCAGCUCCUGUGCCCACUUUCAAGUGCAAGCUGACCCCUGAAGCCUACUGCGGGCCACUGCACUUGGCCUGGUUUGAUUACCUUGUAAAGCCCCUGGCUGGUUCUGAGAAGGAGCUGCUUUUGCGAGAGCUCUCCCUGGUCCCUGUGGAGGAGGGCUCCUGGCACUUGGCGAGUGGCCACCCACCACUCCUGCCUCCUUCGUGCAGCAACCUGUUGCGGAUCCAGAUGGGCCGCCCGCCCAACAUCAAGGACGUUUUCUAUGAUGAGACCGGCAACAUCACCCUCGUGCCAUGCUUGAACCCCGCCCUCUUGCCCAAGCGAUGGAUCAAGCCAUCUGUAGAGGUCGUGGACCCGGACGCAGAGUCUCGGUGGCAAGAGGCUCUGAAGACCGUCUCGGGCCGCUGCAGGCAGCCUUGUCACCCCAAGCUCCCCAGAGUCAGGGUGGACACCAUGGAACCAAGCAGUGCCCAGCCGCCUCACGGCAUGCCCCCAGUGGGCCUUUGGGAAGGGCCAGUGAUGGCUGGCCGCAAGAGCAAUAAAGAGCAAGCGGCCCAUCUGACCUGCCCGCCAGGGAGGGCCCUCGAGCCCACCAGCUUCACCUACGUCAAGCCCACGUUGCUGAUGGAGACCAUCCAGCUUGCCCCAGGGGUGACCCUCAAGUGUGGCGGCAGCUCCAGCCGGCGGCUCCAGCCUGCCGCUUGUCAGGAGGAAGCCGAGAAGGGGCAGGGGGACCUCCAUCCCAUGUGCCCUCGGGUGCCACUGCCCCCUUCUGCUGUGGAGCAUCUCAUCCAGGAGCCAACGCCCCUGCCGCGGCUGCGCCCUGAAACUGUGCAGUGAUCAGCAUCUGGAUGCAGCAGGCAGAGAGAUGGGGGCUCCUCUGCCGGCUCAGAGAACGCCCCUCCCCCCUCUUUAUCUCUUAAUAACUUAAUAAAAGGAGAGGGUUGGUUUUGGCUUUUGACACUGAUCUCGCUUGUUGGCCAUCUCAGGUUCCCCAGAUUCUUGCCUACAAAGGGAUUACUCAAGUGGUGAAUUGGAAGGGAGGUGGUUCUGGAGCUGAGGCCUGCCCGAAAACCUCACCCUCUGGCCCAGAAGCCUCCCCUCCGAGGUGUGUGCCUAGUUUAAACACAUUGUAAAGGACACUUCUCUGUCUCUCUCACACACACAUGUAUCUGAUGCAUCAUUUUCUGAUUAAUUUAUAGGAAAAUCAAGGGGACUGAAAA